AUUCUUCUAUAAUGAAGACUGCUCCCUUUGCCUUGUCCUUUGCUCGGAAUUAGUUCGACAUGCUCAAAACCUAUCAGCGAUAUAUGAUCAUAGUAGCGAACUCUACAUGAACGCUACAAGUAGAUGCGUCGCGGAAUACUUUUCUCCACAGAGCUAACCACCUGAUUACCUUUUUAUUAUACAUUCCCAGGCACUUUAACAAUUCAAAAGUCUCGAUUGCGGUCCAGUCAACAGUUUCUGGAAUUGGGGAAGCACCAAUCCUUCUGCAUGUAUCGCUAGAUUCUUGCGGUUUUGAUAAGCUUACCUGUCAUCACGAGAUUGAUUCGUAGCAUAGUCUGUAUGUGUGCGAAACAUGGAUCAGUCAUAUUCCAGAGUGGGUAUACACUAAAUAAUACUCAAUUAUACCCUUCUUUAUAAUCAGGGAGCGCGUCAUGUGGACAUGACUUGUUCGGAUGUCGAUCAGAACGUUUCAAAAGUGAGGCUUGAACUUUCGAACUGUCUCAUGAUCUGUGUUAUAGGCUACUCCGAACGCUGUAUGAAUCGGAAUUUACUAACACACACACACACACACAUCUGGGCUCGCCGUCGGGCGCGAUGGCUCCAGAGGCACAUUAUCAAAGCCGAAGAGGGUAUCUUGAAUAUGUUGAAAUCAUUGAAAUUUCCAUAAUCUAAGUAUGCAAAAUAGAGAUGCAAAAACAGCAACAAGCUAUCACACACUCUCUCUUUUACGAGAAAAAGUGGGAAAUGUGUAUACAAAGAAGCGAAAGCAUCCAAACAACAUCAACCAACCCGGGACAAUCCCCUCGCGACCUACACC